AGUGCCACUCAAAGUGGAGCAGGCCAACAACGCUCGUGACGCCCUGGCGAAGGCCGUGUACAGCCGGCUGUUCGACCAUGUGGUGACCAGGGUCAAUCAGUGCUUCCCAUUCGACUCCUCCUCCAACUUCAUCGGCGUCCUGGACAUCGCUGGCUUCGAGUACUUUGAACACAACAGCUUCGAGCAGUUCUGCAUCAACUACUGUAACGAGAAACUGCAGCAGUUCUUCAACGAGCGAAUCCUGAAAGAGGAGCAAGAACUGUACCAGAGGGAGGGGCUCGGCGUCAACGAGGUUCACUAUGUCGACAAUCAGGACUGCAUAGAUCUGGUGGAGGCCAAGCUGGUCGGAGUCCUGGACAUCCUGGACGAAGAGAACCGAUUACCUCAACCCAGCGACCAGCACUUUACCGACACCGUUCACAACAAACACAAGGACCACUUCCGCCUCACGGUACCCAGGAAAUCUAAGCUGGCCGUCCACAGGAACGUGAGGGACGAUGAAGGAUUUAUUAUCAGACACUUUGCAGGAGCCGUGUGCUACGAGACGACCAAGUUUGUGGAGAAGAACAACGACGCGCUGCACAUGUCUCUGGAGUGUCUGGUCAGCGAGUCCAAGGAUCGCUUCGUCCGCGAGUUGUUUGAAAACUCCAACAACAGCAAAGACAUGAAGCAGAAGGCGGGAAAACUCAGCUUCAUCAGCGUCGGCAACAAGUUCAAGACGCAGCUGAAUAUUCUUCUGGAGAAGCUCCGCAGCACGGGCUCCAGCUUCAUCCGCUGCAUUAAACCGAACCUGAAGAUGAUCAGCCACCAGUUUGAAGGAGCUCAGAUCCUGUCCCAGCUGCAGUGCUCCGGUAUGGUGUCGGUGCUGGACCUGAUGCAGGGCGGCUUCCCCUCCAGAGCUCCGUUCCACGAGCUCUACAACAUGUACCAGAAGUACAUGCCUCCCAAGCUCACCCGCCUCGACCCACGCCUCUUCUGCAAGGCUUUGUUCAAAGCUCUGGGACUGAAUGAGAACGACUACAAGUUCGGCCUGACCAGAGUGUUUUUCCGGCCCGGGAAGUUUGCAGAGUUCGACCAGAUCAUGAAGUCGGACCCGGACCACCUGGCCGAGCUGGUGAAGAAGGUCAACACGUGGCUCAUCCACAGCCGGUGGAAGAAGGUCCAGUGGUGCGCUCUGUCCGUCAUCAAACUGAAAAACAAGAUCUUGUAUCGGACCGGCGCCUGUAUCCAGAUGCAGAAGACCGUCCGGAUGUGGCUCUGCAGGAAGAAGCACAAGCCAAGGAUCGACGGGUUAGUGAAGGUGCGUAACCUGAAGAAGAGGAUGGGGCGCUUCAACGAGGUGGUGGCCGGGCUGAAGGAGGGCAAACAGGAGAUGAGCAAACAGAUCCAGGACCUGGAUUCCGCCAUCGACACCCUGAUGGUCAAAAUCAAGUGCACCAUCAUGUCCCGAAUCGACAUCGACCACGAGUUCCAGGCCCUGGUGACCCGGUCGGAGCAGCUGCUGACGGCCAUGCAGAACAAGAAGAAGGAGGAGGAGGAGAGGGAGCGGCUGCAACGCAUCCAGGAGGAGAUGGAGAGAGAGAAGAAGAGGAGGGAUGAGGACGAGCAGCGCCGCAAGCAGGAGGAGGAGGACAGGCGACUGAAAGCAGAGAUGGAGCUGAAGAGGAAGCAGGAAGAGGAGGAGAGGAAGAGGAGGGAGGAGGAGGAGAGGAAGAUUCAG